GAGAGACACAGAGAGAGCCCCAGGCACAGUGCAGGAAAAAAAAAUUAAUCUACUUUUCUUAGAACUAUUUUGAUUGGCAUCAUCAGGCCUGGGAGCACAGUGAAUGUCAGCAUCUAAGAUUCCACUUUUCAAAAUGAAGGGCCUGAUCCUGUUCCUGUCCCUAGUGAAAAUGAGCCUGGCGGUGCCGGCAUUUCCUCAACAACCUGGGGCUCCAAACAUGGCACCUCCGGGCAUGGCUAGUUUGAGUCUUGAGACGAUGAGACAGUUGGGAAGCUUGCAGGGACUCAACGCACUUUCUCAGUACUCUAGACUCGGCUUCGGGAAAGCACUUAAUACUUUGUGGCUGCAUGGUCUCCUCCCACCGCAUAACGCUUUCCCAUGGAUAAGACCGAGGGAACAUGAAACCCAACAGUAUGAAUAUUCUUUGCCUGUGCAUCCCCCACCUCUCCCAUCACAGCCAUCCCUGCAGCCUCACCAACCAGGACUGAAACCCUUCCUCCAGCCCACUGCAGCGACUGGUGUCCAGGUCACACCCCAGAAGCCAGGGCCUCAGCCUGCAAUGCACCCUGGACAGCUACCCUUGCAGGAAGGAGAACUGACAGCAGCGGAUGAUCAGCCUCAGGUGGUGCCCUCAGAGAUCACACCAACAGCCGAGGUCCCACUAAUGGAUUUUGCUGAUCCACAGUUUCCAGCAGUGUUCCAGAUAGCCCGUUCCAUAUCUCGGGGUCCAAUGGCACACAAUAAAGCACCAGCUUUUUACCCAGGAAUGUUUUACAUGUCUUAUGGAGCAAACCAAUUGAAUGCUCCUGCCCGAGUUGGCUUCAUGAGUUCAGAAGAAAUGCCCGGAGGAAGAGGAAGUCCCAUGGGCUAUGGAACUCUGUUCCCAGGAUUUGGGGGCUUCAGGCAAACCCUUAGAGGACUGAACCCCAAUUCACCCAAAGGCGGAGACUUCACUGUGGAAGUAGAUCCGGUAUCUGUAACCAAAGGCCCCGAGAAGGGAGAGGGUCCAGAAGGCUCUCCACUGCAAGAGGCCAACCCAGCCAAGCGGGAAAACCCAGCUCUCCUUUCGCAAAUGGCACCUGGUGCCCAUGCAGGACUUCUUGCUUUCCCCAAUGACCACAUUCCCAGCAUGGCAAGGGGUCCUGCAGGGCAAAGGCAGGGACUCCUCGAGGUCACCCCAACAGCUGCCGACCCACUGAUGUCCCCGGAAUUAGCAGAAGUUUAUGAUACCUAUGGUGCUGAUGUUACCACACCCCUGAGUGAUGGAGAAGCUACCGUGUCCCCUGAUAUCACCAUGUCCCCUGACACUCAGCAACCACUGAUGCCUGGAAACAAAAUGCACCAGUCCCAGGUGCACAACGCAUGGCGUUUCCAAGAGCCCUGAUGACCUUGAGAUAGCCGCUACUUUGUGUAUGCACAAGCUUUCCAGCUUCGUCCCCAUAGCGUACCUUGUUGCUAAAACACUUACUACCCUUCCGCAGUGAAGGUAUUAAGAGCACUAAGCAUGUAUUAAUAAAUACAAGUGGCUAGAAAUAGUGUAGGUCCCUUCUUGCUUCCAUUCUUAUUGAAAUAAAAUGUAUCAACUG